UCGUCGGGCGGCGCGCCGGGCGGCUGGCGGCACCUGGAGCGGCUGUACGCGCAGAAGUGGCGCAUCCAGGACGAGCUGAGCCGCGGGGGCGCAGGAGCUGGCGCGGGGCGGCCCGCUGCCCUGCCAGCCAAGCCCCCCAACCUCGACGCGGCACUGGCGCUGCUGCGCAAGGAGAUGGUGGGCCUCCGGCAGCUGGACAUGUCCCUGCUCUGUCAGCUCUUCAGCCUGCACGAGUCCAUCCAGGAGUAUAAGGGUGUGUGCCAGGCCGCCUGCAGCCCUGACAGCUUGUCUGUGCUGGAGAACGGCUUCUUCGAGGAAGAGGAGGAGGAAGAGGAUGAUGACAUCCAGGAGGACCGGCUCCAGGCCAGGAGGGAGCAGGGAACCCCGAGGGAUGCCCCACCGCCUGUCCCUGCCCUAUCCAGCAGCGACUGGAUCCUUGAGUCCAUCUAG